AAAGUCAAUAUGUCCCCCGCCAUUGUUCAAGCCGGUGCUGGCUCUGCCACCAAAGAUGUCAAGAGAGAAUCUGCGACUGCUCGACUUCUAGGCUCUGGAACGGCCGGUAUUACGGAACUCAUGGUCUUCCACCCUGUCGACACCAUUGCCAAGCGUUUGAUGAGCAACCAGUCUCGCAUUUCCUCCACUGAAGCCAUGAACAAGGUUAUCUUCAAGGAGUUUGCCGACGCUCCCGCUGGUCGCAAGUUUACCUCUCUCUUCCCCGGUCUUGGCUACGCCGCCGGUUACAAGGUCCUUCAGCGUAUCUACAAGUACGGUGGUCAGCCCUUUGCUCGUGAUUAUCUGGCCAAGCACCACGGCUCCGACUUCGACAAUGCCUUCGGAAAGGGAACUGGCAAGGCCAUCAUGCACGCGACAGCUGGAAGUUUGAUCGGUAUCGGAGAGAUUGUUCUCCUACCCCUCGAUGUUCUUAAGAUCAAGCGUCAGACUAACCCGGAGGCUUUCCGUGGUCGUGGCCUCUUCAAGAUCAUUCAAGAUGAGGGUAUGGGUCUGUACCGCGGCGCUGGCUGGACUGCAGCCCGUAACGCUCCUGGAUCUUUCGCUCUUUUUGGUGGUUCCGCUUUCGCCAAGGAGUACAUCUAUCAACUGAAGGAUUACAACUCCGCCACUUGGGGUCAAAAUUUCGUGGCUUCCAUCUGCGGUGCUAGUGCUUCGCUGGUUGUGUCUGCUCCUCUGGACGUCAUUAAGACCCGCAUCCAGAACCGCAACUUCGAAAACCCCGAGUCUGGUUUCCGGAUCGUGUCCAACAUGAUGAAGAACGAGGGUUUCACUAGUUUCUUCAAGGGCUUGACCCCCAAGCUUUUGAUGACUGGACCCAAGCUUGUGUUCAGCUUCUGGCUGGCUCAGACGCUGAUCCCUGCGUUUGGUCAGGUUGUGUAAAAAAGUAAUUAAAUGUUGAUUAUAAUAGCGGGUGCUUUGCUUUUUGGGACACGAUUCACUUCUAUGUUCGCUUUCGGGGCUUUUCUGGUGCCAAAAUCGAGCAGUCUGUUGAGCCUUGCGUAUUCAUAGACAAGACUUUCUUCUUUUGUUUUCACGAGCUUGGAAUGACAGUAUCGCGACUGGGUCUGAAGACAUACAUCUCCACUUAAUAUGACA